UAACGUGAAAUUAAACGCAACAAGCAGCUUGGUCGAUGAAACACAAUAAACCUUUUAUCAAAACCGCCUGCGGAUGAUAACAAGGCACGUGUCUCGUUCUGUUUUCUUCCUAUCGUUCGAUCAGCUGAUCAGUCAUGGAGGCUUCUGCCUUGAACCUGGCACACGAACGACAAAGGAGGGCUGAAGCAUUACUCAGAGAAGGACGUUUUGAAGAAGCAGCUGAUUGUCACGAAGCUGUUGUUCAGCUUUUAUCAGAGGCGUUUACACAACUUCAAUCAAACUUUACAGAACCAAGCAUCACGGAAUCUCACCCUUCCAUUUUAAUUGGUCAAAGUUCUAUACCAUUUGUUAGAUCCAUACAUACUGCAAUUACUUUGGAAUCUCUUGCACUUCAACGAGAUUAUCACAAAAGACAAGCAGCUGUUGUUAGAAUGAAGCAAGCUCAAUAUGAAGAAUAUAAAGCUAAUUUAGAAACUCAAAAGAGAGAUCUCAUUUCAAAGCAAAUAUUCAAGCAAAACGAAAAAGGAAAUUCUACGGAAUCUGCAUCCGAUAGAAACAACAGUUCAUUGCGUCAAGCAUUAUUUAGAACUAUAGAAGAGCAAGAUAGUUUGUUAAGCUUGAUAUUAUUACCAGAUACAGAAAGCAGUGCGUUCAAACAUCCAAAAGAUACUGGCACGGUUAUAGAAGAAUUAAAAACUGUUAAUUGUCAGUUGCGCUGUCUAGUUGGAAGCUUGUUAAGUCAAUUAGAAGCUAAAGAGGAAGAAGUGAAACAAUUGACAGAACGUUUGCAUGCUAUUUCUGUGAAUCCUAAUGAUGAAAUUAGGCCAGAUGAUACACAUUCGUUAUGUUUAGCACCCUUGCCACCUUUAACACCACUCGAAAUGCCAUUAUUUGAUUUUACAUCGUCUUAAUUACUUUUCUACCUCAUUAAGUAUUCACUGCUCUCUUUCUCUCUCUCUCUCUCUUUCUUUCUCUCUCUUUCAUUCUUCUGAAAAUAAUGUGGUUCAUUGUACUUACAAUUUUAUCGUGACAAUAGUAUGAAAACAGGUCAUCUAAAAAAUUCAUAUAGACGUAAUAUAAGAAAGAGAUUGAACAACAAACGAAUUGCACAUUAACAAUGUCGGUAUCAUUAUCAGAAUAACGUAUAAUUAUAUAUUUAUUACCGUACUCUUAUUACUUUUCAUUUAUUUAAUAUAACAACAAAGUUUCUUUAACUUUAAUUAACUUUUAUAGCUGCAUAGUACAAGUAAUUUGUAGUAAAAAAAAAGUCAUUACAUUUCUAUCUUAUAUCAGUCUUAUUUGACCAAAUUUAUUUGAUAAAUAGCUAUUUAUAUACUUAUAUACUUUGUGCACAAAUUUAUUUAUUAAUAUUUCAUUUCAUAAUAAUAUUCAUGUGAUUAGGAAGAAAACUCAUAUCUAUUUCGUAUAAAAAUUUUCUUCUAUUUUCUAUGAAUCUUAUUUAUAAAAUACGUAUUUGUCGAAAAAAGUGCGAACAAAGACAUUUUACAUUCUUAACUAUCGAAAGAAUUUUAUUCUUAUAUGUGAAACUUCAUCUCUAAUUAAUGUUAUUCACAGGGAACAAAA